GAGGCCUCUAUUGUGUACCGUCCCGAUGAACAAAGUUCCAAAACACACCCUGAAGUGAAAAAUGCACAACUGAAAGACAAGUCGGAUCUGUCAUCGAGUGCGAGAAGUCCCUUAACUAAAGACCAGCGUAUGACUGAACAAAGGCUCGAGGAAAAAAAUGGAGGAAGACGAGAAGGUUUCAGUGCUCAUGAUUUUGAAACGAUCAGCGGAAGAAAGUCAUCAUAUUUCAGUAGUCAAGAAACCACACCUAAGAAAAAUCUUUCGUCAGGUCUUGAAAGACCCAAAGGUUAGAGAAAUACAAUCGUAUCAACAAUUAAAUCUAAAAGUAUUACUAACAGAAAGUAUUACUACUCUGAUGUUAGCACUCUAAUCAGUUUUGAAUGAACAAUAUUGAAAAAGAGGCCUAACAUUUCCUCAGAUGAUUAGCUCCGAUGGUCUGUUGUUCAAUUCCACAUGGUGACACUGAUUAUUUGUUCCACGCUUGUGAGAAAACGAAAACUGAACAUCUUUCUAAUUUGAAUUACACUGUGUUACAUUUGCCGCUUCAGGAAGCAAGAUAGAAUCGUCAGUUACUGCUGCUUCUAUACAGAGUUUGGAUGAGGCCAUUAUGGCCUCUACUGUGCAUCGUCCUGAAGAACAAAGUUCCAAAACGCACCCUGAAGUGGAAAAUAAACAACUGAAAAACGAGUCAGGGUUGUCAUCGAGUGCGAGAAGUCCCUUACCUGAAGACCAGCGUUUGACUGAACAAAGGCUCGAGGACAUAACUGGAGGAAGACGAGAAGGUUUCACUGCUCAUGAUUUUGGAACGACCAGUGGGAGAAAGUCAUCAUAUUUCAAUAGUCAAGGAACCCCACCUGAGAAAAAUCUUUUGUCAGGUCUUGAAAGACCCAAAGGUUAGAGAAAUACAUUCAUAUCAACAAUUAAUUCUAAACGUGUUAAUAACAGAAAGUAUUACUACUCUGGUGUUGCUAGUUUGUUCAGUUUGAAUGAACAGCAAUGAUAAAAAGGCUUUACAUAUCCCCGAUGGUUUACUGUUCAAUUCCACACGAGGACUCUGAUAUCUUCAUUGGUUCCACGCUUGUGAGAAGACGAAAACUGAACAACUUGCUCUUUUGAAAUAAAUUAUAUAUACAUUAUAUACAUUUGCAGCUUCAGGAAGCAAGAUGGAAUCAUCAGUUACUGCUGCUCCUUCGCAGAGUUUGAGUGAUGCCAUUACUGUAUACUGUUGCGAUGACCAAAGUUUCAAAGCGCACCCUGAAGUGAAAAAUGCACAACUUAAAGACGAGUCAGAACUGUCAUCGAGUGCGAGAAAUCCCUUAACUAAAGACAAGCGUAUGACUGAACAAAGGCUCGAGGAAAAAAUUGGAGGAAGACGAGAAGGUUUCAGUGCUCAUGAUUUUGAAACGACCAGUGGAAGAAAGUCAUAUUUCAGUAGUCAAGGAACCACACCUGAGAAAAAUAUUUCCUCAGGUUUUGAAAGACCCAAAGGUUAGAGAAAUACAUUCGUAUCAACAAUUUAAUCUAAAAGUAUUACUAACAGAAAGUAUUACUACUCUGAUGUUAGUACUUUAUUCGUUUUAGAAUGGACAGGAUGGUAAGAGAGGCUUUACAUUUCCUUAGAUGAUUGGAUCCGAUGGUCUGUCGUUCAAUUCCACAGGCGGACUCUGAUAUCUUUAUUUGUCUCCCGCUUGUAAGAAGACGAAAACUGAACAUCUUUCUCAUUUGAAAUACAUUAUAUACUAUUUGCAGCUUCAGGAAGCAAGAUGGAAUCUUCAGUUACUGCUGCUCCUUCACAGAAUUUGAAUGAGGCCGCUAUUGUUUACCUUCCCGAUGGACAAAGUACCAAAACGCACACUGAAGUUGAAAAUGCACAACUGAAAGACGAGUCAGAACUGUCAUCGAGUGCGAGAAGUCCCUUACCUGAAGACCAGCGUUUGACUGAACAAAGGCUCGAGGGAAAAAAUGGAGGAAGACGAGAAGGUUUCACUGCUCAUGAUUUUGAAACGACCAGUGGAAGAAAGUCAUCAUAUUUCAAUAGUCAAGAAACCACACCCGAGAAGAAUCUUUCUUCGGGUCUUGAGAGACCCAAAGGUUAGAGAAAUACAUUCCUAUCAACACUUAAAUCUAUAACAGAAAGUAUUACUACUUUGCUGUUAGCACUUUAUUCAGUUUUGCAUAAAAAUACAAUGAAAAAGAGGCUUAACAUAUCCUCAGAUGAUUAGAUAUAAUAUUUCCCCGAAGGGUUAAUACUUACCUGACGGGGAGAUAUGAUUCUUCGAACCACUUGUAGACUGAUAGGAGCAAUACAAGUGCAUGUGUCGCGUUGCGCGCGGCACGCGGCCUGGGUAUCACAUUAUAAAAGAAAAGAAGCGCAUGUGCUCUCCCUCAAAGUAAUGAAGAGUGAGACCGUAUUUAUUGGCAGUAGACAGGUGGGGAGGAAAAGAUAGCUUUGAUGGCUUGGGGACCACUAUUGCCCAUAUCAGUCUACAAAGGGUUCGGAGAACCCUAUCUCCCCGUCAGGUAAGUACUAACCCUCCGGGAAAACAUUAUUUCUCCUUCACCCCUCUCCGACUGAUAGUCGCAGUAGUGGUGCAGAAUAUCAAACAAACAAUAGAGAAAUGCAGAAUAACAAAACCAAACGGUUCAAUAAACUCCACCGGAGGUCUGUAGUACAAUAAAACAAGACGAUCUGACUUCUGUGGCAAAAGCGUCCCUGCAGAAGCCCAAUCUGCUGCUUCUGGGAUAAGCUCAACAGAGACACCUGCUGCAGCAUUUGCAGAGGUAGAGGCUCUCCCAGUCGAGUGCCCAGAGAAGCCCAAGUCGAUUCCCACCAUCUGUAGAGCCCUUGUCAGCCAACGAGAGACAGUCUGGCUUAAAACGGCCUGGUGGGGUAAAAUGUAAGACGCCAGCAGCUUUGAGGAUAUACGCAACACAGAUCUUUACGUUUUCUGGAAAAGAAGGAAGAAAAAACUUACGGGCUGGGUGACUAGGCCUGGAGGUUUUGAUAUGUGGCUUGCAUUAAAUUCCCAUGAACUCUCCUUCUUAAGAGAACAAGACAAAUCCAAUAACGACAGUUCAUGAGCUCGUGCUGCUGAUGUGAGGGCAAGCAAUAGAACAGUUUUGUAAGAAAACUGCCUUAACGUCAAAUCCUCUAGCGGUUUAAGAGACUCGAAGAGUAACAACGCUGUUUUAACAUUCCAUGUAGAACAGUACUUAGGCUUGGUAGGAUCUACUCUUAAAAACACCUUUCGUAAACCGAGAAACAAUAGGUAGACUUCCUAACUUAGUAGAGCCAAUUUGAUCAUGGGUCUGAGAAAUAGCUGACUUAUAGACGGCUAUAGUCCUGCAUUCCAAAUUUUCCUAAUAUGCUGUGCUGUCAAGAACACUCCUGCUUCCAGGGCUACUGCCCACAGUUCAAAGCCCUGAGAUGUCAGAGCAGUGAGGCGUGUCUCCCCCCUCUCCUUGAUGUAGGCCACUGCAGUUGUGUUGUCUACCCGUAAGCGGCUAUGUUUGGGUACAAGUUGCAGGUGCCGUAGAAGUGCUUUGAGGGCAUAAGUGGCGGCCCGUAACUCCAAGACAUUGAUGUGCGCUUUCGCCUCUUCUACACUCCAAUGGCUCCCAAUAAAUAUUCCCUGUUAUGCUGCCCCCAGCCCUUUUUGGAUGCAUCAGUCUAAAGGGUAGCGUCGAUCGGGGGGUGUCGUAUCGGACAGCCAUUCAGAUGAUUGCUCUCUGAGAUCCACCACUCCGGGUCGGCUAGGGCCCGGUAGGUUAAGGGGAUGAGCACAUUCCCCCUAUGGCCAUAGUGAGCCACCGCUUGUAGGUGUAACCGCGGGAGACUUCUGUAGUGAAGCAGGGCAAGCAUGAUCCUUGUCUGAGAAGCAUGGCUCAUGCAUCCGAUCAGAGUGGACAGAGUCCUCAAUCCACUCCUUUGAACGAGGAGAAGUUGACAUGCGUCCACAAUACUGUUUAGUUUUGACUGAGGAAGAGAAAUUGUCAUUGCCUUCACCGCUCCUUUCGCUAACAAAUUUGUAAUUGCCAGGUUCAUUUGUUUAGCCUCGGUAUGGCUAUUGGUACGGGUAAUCCUCACACGACGCUGCCUGGGGCGGCGGCAAAAGGGGAUCUUGUACCCCUGAAUUGUUUGUAAUGUCCAUGAAUCCUGCGUUAUUUUCUUCCAAUUUUGAGCAAAAAACUGUAAACGAGAGGCUGAUUUGUCAAUGGGUGGAUUGAGCGUUUCUAGGACAGGCAGCGGAUAAUCAACUUGAACUGGUCCGGCUACAAGCAAGCUUGGAGAAGAUUCUUCUGUGUUACUACGUUUGGAAGAUUGGUGGUUAAAUUUUGAGCCAAAUCCCCACUUUCGUUUUCCUCCAACUCUGCUGUUGUCAUUGGAACGGUAAUCGGAACGAAAGGGCUGAUCCUUAUCAUAGGGUUGUUUGAACUGACGCUUUGCAUGUGGAGUACUGAUCAGUUUGCUGUUGGUCGAGCUAUGGUCGUGCUCACUCUUGGCAUGAAAUUUAUCCGGGAAGAGGUGUUUGUCAGCCCGGAUACCUUCACGGAGAGUACGUUUGCCCACUUCUGUAAGAAACUCAGAAAACCGUUUCUGCCCCCAGGCAUGAAGCCUGAAGUUGGCAUUGCCGAGUAAAACAUGAGCAUCUUCUAAUAGAUCCAAGCUCACACAGGGAAAAUAUUACAUUACUCAAUGUUUUUUCAGUCAUUUUCAGAAGAAGUAGGAAAGAAUUAACGCUAAACGUGGGCGGCCGAAACGAACCACGAAACAAAGAGGGAGAGCGCAUGCGCUUCUUUCCUUUUAUAAUGUGGUACCCAGGCAUGACACCACGCGACAUAAGCACCAGUAUUGCGACUAUCAAUCGGGGAGGGGUGAAGGAGGACUGAUGGUCUGUUGUUCAAUUCCACAUGAGGACUCUGAUUUCUUUAUUUUCCCCACGCUUGUGAGAAGAUGAAAACUGAACAUCUUUCUCAUUUAAAAACAUUAUGUAACAUUUGCAGCUUCACCAAGCAGGAUGGAAUCGUCAGUUACUGCUGCUGCUGCUCCUUCUCAGAGAUUGAAUGAGGCCUCUAUUGUGUACCGUCCCGGUGAAAAAAGUUUCAAAACGCACCCUGAAAGAAAAAAUUCACAACUCAAACACGAGUCAGAACUGGCAUCGAGUGCGAGAAGUCCCUUACCUGAAGACCAGCGUUUGACUGAACAAAGGCUCGAGGACAUAAGUGGAGGAAGACGAGAAGGUUUCACUGCUCAUGAUUUUGAAACGACCAGCAGAAGAAGGUCAUCAUAUUUUAGUUGUCAAGGAACCACACCCGAGAAAAAUCUUUCCUCAGGUCUUGAAAACCCCAAAGGUUAGUGAAAUACAUUCGUAUCAAUAAUUGAAUCUAAAAAUACAACUAACAGAAAGUAUUAAUACAAUGGUGUUAGCACUUUAUUCAGUUUUGAAUGAAGAACUUUGAAAAAGAGGCUUUACAUUUCCUCAGAUGAUUAGAUCCGAUAGUCUGUUGUUCAAUUCCACAUGAGGACUUUGAUAUCUUUAUUUGUCCCAUGCAUGUGAGAAGACGAAAACUGAACAUAUUUCUCAUUUGAAAUACAUUAUAAAAAAUUUGCAGCUUCACGAAGCAAGAUGGAAUCGUCACUUACUGCUGCUCCUCCACAGAGUUUGAAUAAGGCCUCUAUUUUGUACCAUCCCGAUGAAAAAUGUUCCAAAAGACCCAAAGGUUAGUGAAAUACAUUCGUAUCAGUAAUUAAAUCUAAAAGGAUUACCAACAGAAAGUAUUACUACUCUGGUGUUGGCAUUUAAUUUAGUUUUGAAUGAGCAAUAAUGGAAAAGAGGCUUUACAUGUCCCCGAUGGUCUGUUGUUCAAUUCCACAUGAGGACUCUGAUUUCUUUAUUUGUCCCACGCAUGUGAGAAGACGAAAACUGAACAUCUUUCUCAUUUGAAAUACAUUGUGUAACAUUUGCAGUUUCGCCAAGCAAGAUGGAAUCGUCAGUUACUGCUGUUCCUUCACAAGGAUUGAAUGAGGCCUCCAUUGUUUACCGUCCCGAUGAAAAGAGUUUUAAAACGCACCCUGAAGUGAAAAAUGCACAACUGAAAAACGAGUCAGAACUGGUAUCGAGUGCGAGAAGUCCCUUACCUGAAGACCACCGUUUAACUGAACAAAGGCUCGAGGACCAAAAUGGAGGAAGACGAGAAGGUUUCACUGCUCAUGAUUUUGAAACGACCAGCGUAAGAAGGUCAUCAUAUUUUAGUGCUCAAGGAACCACACCCAAGAAAAAUCUUUCCUCAGAUCUUGAAAGACCCAAAGGUUUGAGAAAUACAUUCGUAUCAAUAAUUAAAUCUAAAAAUAUAACCAACAGUAUUACUACUACGGUGUUAGCACUUUAUUCAGUUUUGAAUGGGCAACAAUGAAAAAGAGGCUUUACAUAUCCUCGAUAGUAUGUUGUUCAAUUCCACGUUAGGACUCUGAUUUCGUUAUUUGUCCCACGCUUGUGAGGAGACGAAAACAGACCAUCUUUCUCAUUUGAAAUUCGUCAUAUAACAUUUGCAGCUCCAGGAAGCACGAUGGAACCGUCACUUACUGCUGCUCCUUCACAGAGUUUGAACGAGGCAUCUAUUGUGAUAUCAGAAAUAAAAGAGAAACAAUCAGGCGCUCCGUCAAAAUCUGAACAGUGCCAGAAACUCCAAGAAAAUAGACCUGGGCACUUUGUGGGAGUCGAUGAAGGUAAUUUUCUCGUAACAGAAGUAUUGAGUUCAGUUUCAGCGUAUACAGCUGUUUCGAGAAAGGUUGUCGGAAAAAAAAAGCAUAAAAUGUAUCGUGGAUAGUUUUCUGGCCACGGUUCAAUAGCCUCAAGAUUUAAGGGGAAACUGAGAACGUGCACGACAUGUUGAUUGAAAAUGGUCAAUUCUACCAAUACGGCCCCAGUCAAUCAAGGGUAUUCAUCCAUUUUAAUAUCUGGUCACCACAAUUGUGUUUUUAUUAAGAGAUAAUAAUGCUACACUUAUUUACAUUUGAAUCUGCUCGAUCUACAGGAGAAGAUGUUAGUACCGUUAUUGUGGGAGAUGACAACUAUAAAGACGACAAUGAAGAGAAUCGAGAGGUUAUUUCAAGUUCGGCGAAGGAGAAAGUCUCUUCACAAUUCGGCAGAGAGUAUCUUGAUGGCAGAAAGAGCUUUAUCUCCUCUUGGAACAAACAACACCGCGCAAUUCAAGAACAAACUCUGUUGUAUCACUUUGAUCCAAACAAGAAAGGACUAAAGUUUGAAUAUCGGCCGCCUACUCCAAACCAACAAUUAAACUCAGAACCUCAAUUGCAGGAAACAUCUACAGAAUUGGAAAAUCCAUACACAUCCAGGAGUUGCUUACAUAACGGUAAAGACACCUCUUUACUGACAGCUGGUAAAGAAGAAAAUCCGACAGAUUCACACCCCAGUUGCAGCAGUAGUGCCGCGGGCGGCAGUAGAGACUCGGUGGGAAUGGAACCUUCUCUCGGUAAUCAGGGAGACAGUGCUUACCCACCAAACACACAUGUGAUCCGCCCAAGAGGCUCUCAAGAACCGGGUAUUAACGCUGACUUGCCUUCCAAUUAUCUACACAACAUUACCACAGAUCAUUUACAAACUGAAUACUUAGAAUUAAAAGGCUGUCAGGAGGAGAGUUCCCAAAAUACCCCGCAGCCUAUACUGGCGACACAAUUCCCUGGAAACCCUCCUCCCGUUGUUGUGCUGAGAAGUAUCGCUCGUUAUGGAAGGAUAUCUAAUCAGUUAGGUGACAUUCAAGUUUGGGACCCUGAAUUUAAAAUUCCAGAUAACAUUCAAGAUUUGUUGCUUACCAAACACCGUGAUACCCCUGAGACUGGAGUAAGAAUUAUUAGGAAUAGUGAUGGCAGACUUGAGUGUCAUAGUUAUCAAAAUUUUGAAAAGUUUUUCCAGGAUGAGGAUAUAAAUCUCGCUAAAGAUGAGUUUCUCUUAAUGAAAACUCGUAUCCGCCACGGAAAGGCGUCUUUUGAAGACGUUGAUGUACAGUUUAGAUUGGCAAAUGUUCAUAUUCCUCAAGACAUUAUCUCUGGUUUCACAGAAAAAGAUGGUGCUGACCUGUACAUCAUUUCAGGAGCCGCAAAAAAAAAUGUUCGACUUAUAGUAAAAAGGGAAAGUGUUUUUAGGAGAGUAAGAGAAUCUGUGAAUACGAUUUUUUUUUCCCGUUCCUUUCAUAACCUUUAGAACUGGAGAAAAUACACUUUUUGUUUGUAAGUCGGAGCUAGUUGGAGUGCAUUUGGUACCAAAUACUUUUGCAUACUUAUUCCGCUCAUCGUGUGUACAAUCCAGAGAGGAAACAUUAAAAAAUUACAACUCGUUUUAUUUUCUGGUCAAAAAGUACUCUCAUUUUGGGUUUACUGGUUCCGUAGACUGUGAAAACUUUCGAUUGACACUUGCAAAAUCUCACACUUCUCUUAUAAUUUUGUAUUAGUUAGCGUUGAAAUACUCUAGAAAUAAUGUCCGAUUAGCGAUGUAUACCUUCCUUCAGUAGUCUCUAUCGAGAGUUGUGAUACAUCGUACUCUAGUAAUAAAAAAGAAAUAGAAGUUGCGAUUAAGGUUGAGCCCUACGAAGGAGAACCGCGUGUAUCAAGCGAAGAUUUCGGCAAAGACCGACAGAGACGGUUGCUCGCUUGCGGUGUUCAGGUCAAGAUUAGAGCAAAAAUAUACCGUUACCGAAUAUUUCAUUCGUUGCACCUGUGUCUUGUUUCUGUGGCAAAAUCCAUCUUAACAAUGGGUAGCUGUGUUCGUUUCUGUUGCCACAACUUAUCAUUCCUUCGCACCAAAUGUAGAGAAUGUUCCACUGAUGCCGUGGUCAGUGCUCUGAAGUUUUGUUGCCGUAGAGAGAAAUUCCCUUAGUAACCGAAAACCUAACUUAUGAUGGCAACAUCGAAAGAAUCAGCUUUAUCACGAGGCACGAUGAUUUUCGCCGAAUAGUUAUUGGGCAGUUUUAUCACGCAAGUCGCUCCUUUCCUCAGAGUUUGCCAAGGCAGAGGCUAUCGUCGUCGAACCUGUAAAACGGAAAACGAGUGAGUUUAUAAUCAUCUGAUUCAAGUUUAUCUCAGAUAGGGGAUUUCAAUAGAGAAAAACCUGUUAAGUUUGCAAUGUUUGUUGUAAAUGCACCCGAAUCUGGUCACUUUAUUAACCACAGUAACUUGGAACCUUGAUACACAAAGAUAUACAGAGCUUUGCCGGAGGCAGCUAGCUUAUUGUCCUUUUCGACUUUAAUUGAAAAGUCGAUAGUAUCUGC